GCAUGAACAAAUAUUUUGGGUCUCUUUAGUAUAAGUUACAACAUAUUAGAGUGAUACAACGACAUUUAUGAUAUUUUUUAAAUUGCUGUUGAAUGCUGAAAAUACGUGUAUGUUUAAAGGAUUUUUUAAAUUUUUAUUUUGAGCAAUAUAUUUCUCCUUAUCGUUCGUUAGUUUUUUUAAUAGCAGAACGUGACUCGUCACAUUUCGGCCAUAUUCGUUAAUUUCCGUAACUCCUCCUCCAGUGCAACCUGGGAUGUUGUUAGGGGCAACUGUCAGAGACGCUAUUGUAGCCACACAGGGCAAAACGUUUUCUAAGAAUGCCUGGAAAUUAACAGCUAAUUGGGUGGUGUAGGCAAGUCUUGAAAGAAAAAUCCUCGUCCGGUCCUGUUGUUUAGAAGAGCGCCAUUGAAGGUUGAGGCUAAGUUUGGAUAAUGAAUCCAAGCUAGCCGAGGUGGGGAAAUCCAAAAUGGAUGCCGCCUGGAGUGAUUUUGUUGAGCGAGCUGCCUAGAUGUAGACUAACACCAUCGGUAACACCGUUUGGAAGGAAAGACGCUUACGAGGGUUCAGGGGUCGAAGCUCAGUUGGUGCCCUCCUAUGUGGAUUUGGUGUGUCAUUUAUCAGCCAUCUUUCUAACCCACUUCGGUACACUGAGGACAUGGCGGUGUAUUUUGACCACCGUGUUGAGACCCCUGAAAAUUGUGAGGACCCCUCUCAGUUGACGUGGCACUCAGCUCUGUCCAUACUGGCUGUGGCUUCACGAAACUCAAGCACUGGAGGAAAUGUAAACAUCUACUUACAGCAGGGAGAGCAUGUGGAGAGCUGCCAUGUUGAGCGUCCUCAUCGGCCUACGAUGCUUUGCUGGCAUCCCAUAAAGCCAGUGUUGGCUCAGGGCUGGGAGAAUGGCGAGGUGCUGCUUCUGUUACACCCUUCCGGGGAUCAAAAUGUCCUGCCGAGCACGCACACGGCGCACAUCACACUGCUGGAGUGGAGUAGCUCGGGAACUCGCUUGGUAACUGGGGACCAGAGCGGAACUGUAGCUGUUUGGAAGGUGGAUGCCAGAGGGAGACUUCAAGGGAACCAUCAAGUGAAGCAUGCAUACAACUCCCCCAUCACUUGCUGUUUAUUCAAACCAAGUUCGCCCGGAGACGACGUGAAAAUGCUGGCCCGUGCAUCAGUGAGUGGGGAUGAGAACGCUUUGGACAUGUUCAGCUGGAAGGGGGCGCCUCUCAAGAUGGGGCCGCAAGAGGGCCUUGCUUUCUAUGUCAGCACUGCAGAUGGUAAUGUACACAGUGUGGACGAGCAUGGGAAAACAAGCAUGCUCCUCAGUAUGGACGGUGCCAUCAAGAAAAUGUUCUACCUGGAGACCAGGGAGGUGCUUACAGUCAUCACUGACACGAUGAUGCUGUCACAGUACACUCUGGGACCAGAGGGGGAUGCCCAGGAAUUUCAAAAGGUCAAGCUGAGCAGUAAGAGUGGCCAAAGCGUCGACAUCGUGUGGGCACAAAAUGGUCUCGUUAUCACAGCCACAGGAGAGCAACUCAUCAGGUUAUGGGAUCUUGAGCGAAACGAAAACUACGCAUUGUCUCUUGAUGAGACUCUUGGCUUUGAGAGGGGCGAGAUGAUCAACUGUGUUUCCUACUGUGCAGGGAAAGAAAUUCUUGCCGCUGGCACCAGUCACGGACGCAUAGCAAUGUGGAAGAUGGCGGUGCAUCCCGACCGCAGCAGAAGUGACACAAAAGCCCAGUGGAAGCUUCAGACUCCCACGGAAAUAGAAGGAAACGUCACUCAACUGCAGUGGGGCACCAGUCUGAAUCUGCUGGCAGCCAACAAUUCCGCCACGGUGGUCAUCCUGCACGAGCACGUAAUGUCAGCCCACUGCAGCCAACAGGUGGCAGCGGUGCAGUUGACGCCGACCCAGCUCAGCAUCACCCAGUUCCACACAGGGCUGCACCUGGCUCUGCAGUCUGAAAUGCACAUCAAGGGAGUCUGUGUGACCAAGGAUUCUGCAACGGUUUGGAGCGGCAAACAGGUCACUGUGUUUGAGAUGUCAGGGGCUGCCCUACAUAAUAAAGGAUCGUUCCCUUGUGACUCCCAUGUAGUAGCUGUACAUGGUGAGAACCUUUACACCGUGGAACCUAACAGAGUCCAGAUUCGCACACCGCAGGGCACAGUGAAACAGCUCUUGAAUUUCUCCAAAGCGGAGGGCAACCCAGUGCUCCUCAGUGUGUGCCAGUCUUACCUGGUGGUCGGCACAGAUACGUCGCAUAUCAGAGUUUUUGAUCUGACCCGAAGAGAUGCUAAAGCUCACUGCAAUGCUAAGAACCUGACUGACCAGAUUCCCAAUCUGGGAGCCCUGCGUUCUGUCAAGUGUAACGCCAAUGGCAGCCAAGUCAGCAUCUUAAUCACACAAGUGAAUGGUCGACCUGACCAAAAAGUGUACUUCUAUGACAUCGAAAUGGACACAGUGACACACUUUGAUUUUUUCACUGGCAGACCACCCAGUGGUAUCUCACAGCCCGAAGACGGUGACAGACAGCAGUUUCAGGAGAGCGAGCUGAGCGGCCGAUGCCCUGUAUCGCACUUCUGGGAUGAGAGUGAACCUCGACUCUUUGUGUGUGAGACUGUGCCGGUCAGCUCUGAAACCUCUUCAUCUGGUUACUGGGACACGGUGGAUGUGUCAGUGGUGACGCUCUUCUGUACUCAGGAACAUGGCCUCCUCUUGCAGGACUGCUACCCCAAACCAGCAGGACUACAGGCCCUCCUUGCUCUUGACGUGCCUUACUAUUAUUUCAGCUGCAAGGAGGUUUCCGCCACAUCAGCGCCAGCAAAUCAGAGCCAGCCAUCACGAGGGUCCGUGGCCCUCUUCCCCCAAAUGGUCUCCAGGCGAGCGCUCAGGGACUUUGAAGGUCUGGAGAACUGCGACAAGUCCACACGUGACGCCAUGCUCAACUUCAGCUUCUACCUCACCGUCGGCCACAUGGACGAAGCGUUCAAGUCCAUCAAACUCAUCAAGAGCAAAGCAGUAUGGGAAAACAUGGCGCGCAUGUGUGUGAAAACUCGCCGGUUGGAUGUGGCCCGAGUGUGCCUCGGCAAUAUGGGAAAUGCCAGGGCAGCGAAAGCUCUGAAGGAGGCCGAGACAGAGCCGGAGCCAGAGACCCACAUUGCGGCGUUGGCCAUUCAGCUCGGAAUGCUGGAAGAUGCUGAGAAGUUGUACAAGAGCUGUCAACGCUAUGACCUUCUCAACAAUCUCUAUCAGGCGGCUGGCCAAUGUGAGAAAGCGCUAGAAAUCGCUGAGAAUCACGAUCGCAUUCACCUACGCACCACCUACUAUAAUUAUGCCCGCUAUUUGGAGUCCAUGGGUGACAAGAGCUUGGCCCUGGCGAAUUAUGAAAAAUCCGACACUCACCGAGUGGAUGUGCCCAGAAUGCUUCAGGAUGACCCUUUGUCUUUAGAAAUCUAUGUUAAGAGGAUGAAAGACAAGAACCUCUACAAGUGGUGGGCCCAGUAUUUGGAGAGCCAAUCAGAAAUGGAUUCAGCUCUGGACUUUUACGAAUCUGCUCAAGAUUACCUCUCCCUGGUUCGCGUUCACUGCUACAUGGGGAACGUUCAGAAGGCAUGUGAAAUAGCAAUCGAUACAGGUGACAGAGCAGCGUCCUACCACUUGGCUAGGCACUACGAGGGUCACGAGGACAUCAAACAAGCUGUCCACUUCUACACUCGAGCACAGGCCUACAACAAUGCCAUACGACUCUGUAAGGAGAACGGUCUGGAUGACCAGCUGAUGAAUCUGGCUCUGCUCAGCAACCCAGAGGACAUGAUGGAGGCCGCCUGUUACUACGAGGAGAAAGGCGUCCACAUGGACCGUGCGGUUUCACUCUACCACAAAGCCGGUUACGUCUCCAAAGCCCUGGAAGUGGCCUUCGCGACAGAGCAGUUCGCGGCACUUCAGAUGGUUGCCGAGGACCUGAAUGAAAGCUCGGACCCGGCUCUCUUGGCGCGCUGCUCUGAGUUCUUCAUCCAACAUUCCCAGUAUAAAAGGGCUGUGGAGUUGCUGAUCGCGGCAAAGAAGUACCCUCAGGCUCUGGAGCUGUGUGUAAAUGAGAACCUGACCAUCACGGAGGAGUUUGCCGAGAAAAUGACCGCGACGGAUUCAAAAGACUUGUCUGAAGAGGCUCACAAGGAGCUGCUGGAGAAGAUAGCCGAAUGUUGCGUGCGUCAGGGAAACUACCAUCUGGCCUCCAAGAAAUUCACACAGGCCGGAAACAAGCACAAGGCAAUGAGGGCACUGCUGAAAUCAGGCGACACAGAGAGGAUUGUACUUUUUGCCAACGUUUGCCGUCAGAAGGAGCUUUUCAUCAUGGCCGCCAACUACCUUCAGUCUGUAGACUGGAAAAACCCAGAGAUCUUGAAGACCAUUAUUGCUUUUUACACAAAAGGGAGAGCGCCGCACCUGCUCGCUGGCUUCUAUGAAACCCGUGCACAGGUGGAAAUCGAUGACUAUCAGAGCUAUGAGAAGGCUCUGGAUGCUUUGAGUGAGGCGGUUAAAUGCCUGUCCAAAGUCAAAAACUCAGAUGGACAACAGGAAGUCAAACUGGCGGAGCUGCAGCGAAAAAUCACUCUCAUUAAGAAAUUUGUCCACGCCCGCAAGUUGAAAUCCGAAAAUGGUGAAGAGGCACUGAGCAUUUGUGAAGGCUUAUUGGAGGAACCCGAGUUAGACGCCGCUGUCAGGGUUGGCGAUGUUUUUGGUUUCCUGAUCGACCAUCACUGUCAGCACGGCAACUUCAAAACUGCCUAUAGCAAGCUGGAGAAGCUCCAGAAUGUGGUCCCUUCACAAAAUAUCAGAUACUAUGUUAAACAGCCCAACUUGGACGCCCUGCACAAACACAUGGGUCUCACGAUGCAUUCCGGGGACCAAAAACAUCACGAUAAAGAGGAAGAUGAAGUGGAGGAGGACUUGAACGUCCCCUAAAAUCCCAUGAAUGACCUCAGAUUUUUUUCAAAUGAAAUAUUUUUUUCCCGUUGUGUCACUGGGUGGCGCUGUUGUCUACAUAUAGAGGCCAUGUCAGUUUGUUCAUGUCCUCACCCGUGCAAUUUAAUAAGAGCAAAACAUACAAUACUUGUCAAUUUUUUUAUACAUCUCAUCUAUAGCAGUGUGUGCAGAUAUGGACUUUUAUUGUCGUUGUCUAAGCAUCAUUUUGUGUUCACAUUUUACAUGAAAAAUAUACAAUCAAGUCCAUUGUUCACUGUAUGUAUGUAAAUAAAUGUUUUGAAUUUU